UGGGAGUCCCUAUUCCUUUGGAACCCUAGGUUUUACCUACUUAUACAUUAACAAUGUCCCUGCAAUGGGAGUCCCUAUUCCUUUGGAACCCUAGGUUUUAUUGAAGAAGAAGAAGAUGAUGAUGCAUCGUAGCAACCCCAAUCCUCCCUCCUCCUUCGAUGACCAGGACGAGGAUCAGCGAGUCGGUCUGCAACGGCUCUCACCAUUAACACCUUUUUCUCCAUCUUCAAAACUCGUCUAUUUUUGUCUAGCCGACUGUAACGGCUUUCAUUGGUAUCCUCUUCGAGUCUCCUCCGACGUAGAGGUAAAGCGAGUCGGUCUCCAACUUGUUAUGGAAAUUGCUCAUCCUGUUCCUGAUCCAUUUAUAUAUUCUGAAUCACCACCACCGUCAAUCUCAUCACACUCACUAUUACCACGACCACCUUCUUCUUCAAGAAUUGCCUAUAUUUGUCUAACUGAUAUUGAUGAGUCUUAUUGGUACGCUUUUCAAGUCUCCGAGGACGUCGACCAUAACAAUCAACAACUUCCCCACAACAACCCUCGUCUUCCUUUUCACCAAGACGACUAUGAAAGGUAUGAUUUUGGUUCUGAUCAAUUUCUCAAACCCAUUUUGACUGCAAAAUUGCUUACUUUAAGUGGUGCUAGCUGGGUGAUUCACAACAGUUCAUUAUACCAGUUCGUUCGUCAAUGGAGGAAUGACAAAAAGGGAAAUCAAUUGGUUCGAAUUGAUCUUGGUAAUAAUCCUAUUGCCAAGAAAUUAGACAUCUUUCCGCAAUUGCCUCAUGCCCUAGGGCCACGUAUACACACUUUGGUUCUGGAUGACAAGUUUUAUUGCCUGGGUGGUUUAGAACCACCACCAUCACCAUGGGCCAUGGCUUUUGACCCGAGCCUAAAUCAAUGGGAGUCUCUACCUAACCCUGCUCCUUUUCCACCUUUUCCAAUUAUGAUUAAACGUAUAUUCUCUGCAGCUAUACAUGUUCCCAAGCCAUGUAUUGUGGUGGGUUGGCCUGAGGAUCGUGUCCUCCGAAGAUACUAUGUUAAUACCAAAAAUUGGGUGAGUGAAGAGUUUGAAAUACCCAAGACCCGGUUCUUUGGUCCAGAUGACUUAAUGGGACCUGCAUUGGCUGUUGACCGCAUGUUGUAUUGGUAUUCAGCUCGAGACACUACUGCAUGCCUAAUUGGGUAUGAUUUAAUGAGAAAGACAUGGUUCAUGGGCAAGUUCAAUGUCCAUGACUAUGGACGGUCUUACAUACCUGAGCAUACUGGUCCUCCUCCUCCUCCGAGCUUGGCCCAUCUAGGCAGUGAUAAGUUCUGCUUGUUUUGGUUUUCUGUGGUGAAGUGUCAUCCCAAUCCAACAACCAUAACGGAGGAGGAUUCCUUGACCAAGGACGAGGACGAGGAUGAGGAUGAGGAGUACGUGGAGGAAGUGGAGGAGGAAUCUCUUCGCAUUCACUGUAUGAAACUCCGAGUUACUAAUGGUAGCCGUCGCUUGAGAAGUGGAAUAUUCCCCCUGGAAAUCUGUUCCAUCUCAUGCCAGUCUUACUUGGUUGCUGAGAAUGCAACUUAUUUCUGUGAUGGCUUGGUGGUUUAAUGUUCUCGACUGAUCUAAUCAUUGAUUGGCGGCGGUGGAAAAAUCAACUCAUUUGAGAAAAGAAACCCUACCUUUCUCAUUGGAGUUUCGUGGGAAAUUACUGGGCCAUUGGUUUUAUUUGGUGUGCUUUAUGAACUAUAAUGUGUUCUUCAGAUUCAGUUAUACUGUGUCGGUAAUAAAGAACAAAUAGCUAUGUUCCUAUGUUUGGAGAAACCGAGUUUGAUCAGAUUCAACAGUUUCAUUCAAUAGACAUAGAGGAACAGCUUGAUGCUCUAGGCAGAGCUGUUGAUGCUGAAUUUAUCUAACUUCUUUGCUGAAAUUUUGAUUGUGAGCGGGCUGAAUGCUGUCAUCAUGAGAGGUGAGCUUAUUGGCCAAUGGGCAUACUUUCUGGAAAGUAUUUCUCACCUGAUGCGGGUCCAGUUGAUGCUCGUUUGAAUCUUUUUGAAGGUUGAACACCAACUUACACUACUGGAAAAGGAGGCUUAAGACAUGGAACUUUUUGCGACGGUUUGAAAAUCGUCUCAAAAAGCAAGCUUUUGCGACGGUAAAAAACACCGUCAUGAAAGUAUUAUUUUUGCGACGCCAAUUGACUGUUGCAAAAAUAAAAACCAUUAUUACGAACGGAAAAUCCAAAACCGUGGCAAAAAAUAAUAUUAUACGUGACGUCUUGUGGUAUUCAACUCCUCCAGUACUUCAUCAAUUGGAGAAGUCAAAUUGCUAUAUUCAUGGAGCGAGUCUCUUUGAAAGCUUUGCAGAGGAUUUCGGGAAGGAUGCUAUGAUGGAGGAUUGGGUAAAGAAGUUUGAGAAGCUUGCUGGGUCUCAGGAGCAUUUCAAUAACUUAAUUUGGUCCUGAUGGUAAAACUUGUUUAUUCACCCAAGGAACUUGAGAGAGCUUGUAGACUGGAUGUGAUUUAGUGGUUUAUGGGUGAAAUAAGGGCAUCUAAUGGGAGGGACAACAGAUGCAGGUGGAAGAGAAAGAAGAAAGCUUGGAUUGUGGCAGCGUAUUAUGUGGUGCAUGGGGAGAGAGAAAUGAAUAGCCGUACUUUUAAAGAGACUAUUAAGGAGUCAAAAGCUUGAGGAUGUAAUUAAAGUUUCUUUGGAUAUUUCACGUAUACCAACAGUCCAAUUGAUGUAGGGACUUCUUAUUAGUGACGAUCUGUUGUGUGAAAUUGAUGGAGUUCUAAUUGAGCCCAAAUAUUGCAAAGUCUUUAUCUUAAAAGCAAAAAAACCAGAUGCUCGUUUGGAAACACCAUCCUGAGGUCUAAGAAUUGUUGGAAAAGUUGUUGGAAGAUGCAUUGUGUGGCACUUGUUUUAUGUACAUAUGUUACCCUUUUGAGUACGUGAUUGUAUAUUCACAUAUCGAUAUUAGAGUUUAUUGUUGAUAAUAAAAUAAGCUAUUAAUAUAUAUGUUUUUUUUAUUUGUAUUGUCGAUACUUUGGUUUUGCUUUAGAUACAAAUUUGAGUUUUUGAAUUAUCAAAAAUUAUUAGUAUAGUUGGAUGAUGUUUUAUAUAUUUUUAUAAAGAAUGUUUGGUGAA